AUGGCUCGGCUGCGCUGGGGGAGGAGGGUUGGUACCCGGCUAUGCGAUCGUCGGCACCGAGACAAGGCUCAAAGGUAUUGGUCCUUUAAGCGCGGGCUCAACAGCAGUCUUCAUAUGUCGGUCGCUGCUUAA